CACGAAAUGGAUUCAAGUUCCUGUACCCUUCUCUCUACUCCCAGCCCAUUGGAUCUUAAGGAUCACAUGAACAAUGGUUAUGUGAUCAGUAAUUUUGACUCCUCUUUGGAACAAAAAAAACCAAACAUACCAAGAAAAUUCCAUUGGCCUCAUGGAGACUUGGUUUGUGCUCAGGAAGAACUCAGAGAGCCCUUAAUAGAUCUCCAUAGUUUCUUUGUGAAUGAUGAAGUUGGUAUUAAACAAGCUUCUGAGCUUGUUAGAGAUGCUUGUUUGAGUCAUGGAUUCUUCCAGGUGAUCAACCAUGGUGUUGAUUCUGAUAUCAUUCGUUCAGCUCGUCAUCACUUGAAUCUGUUCUUCAACUUACCCAUCAACCAGAAGCUCAAAGCUCAGAGGAUGGCCGGUAGCUUGUGGGGAUACUCCGGCGCCCACGCCGAUCGCUUCUCAUUGAAAUUGCCAUGGAAGGAGACUCUCUCCUUUGGUUAUCAUGAGAAUAAAAGCUCUCAAUCUAUUGUGGUAGAUUACUUCAAAUCCCUCUUAGGUGAAAAUUUCGCAGAGACUGGGUUGGUUUAUCAAAGAUAUUGUAAAGCAAUGCAGGAGUUGUCACUGGUGAUUAUGGAGCUUUUGGCUAUUAGUUUGGGAAUAGACCGGUUGGAGUAUAGGAGAUUCUUCAAAGGAGGUAGCUCUAUAAUGAGAUGUAAUUACUACCCACCUUGUCAAGAACCUGGUCUUACUCUUGGCACUGGACCUCACCGUGAUCCUACCUCCUUAACCAUACUCCAUCAAGAUGAAGUUGGAGGACUUGAAGUAUUUGCGCAUAACAAAUGGAAAUCUGUCCGACCACGAAGUGAUGCCUUUGUUAUUAACAUAGGUGAUACCUUUAUGGCAUUAUCAAAUGGAAGGUACAAGAGUUGCCUGCAUAGGGCAGUAGUGAACAAGUACAUGGAGAGGAGCUCACUGGCCUUCUUUCUAUGUCCAAAAGAGGACAAUGUGGUGAGACCCCCAGAGGAUCUCAUGGAAACAGAAGGGCCAAGAAAGUACCCUGAUUUCACAUGGUCAGAUUUGCUUGACUUCACACAAAAUCACUAUAGAGCUGAUGUUGAAACACUCCCAACUUUCAUCCACUGGUUCCUAUCUUCCAAACAAUCCUAAUUCCUAACCACUACUACUCUUCUUAUUCCC